CAGAUUCUAUUUAUCAAAAGAUUCUCAAAUUUCCUAGGACGAGAAAACUGUCAAAGGUUGUUGACACAAGGUUUGGAACUUGGUAGCAUUAACAUCCUCUGAGUGUUGCUCCUUCAUUCAGCCAUGGAUCGCACUCAGCUUCUGUUGCUCGGUUUACCUCUCUUCCUCUUCUGUUCUGACCUCCUGUCUCUCUUCACAUCUCCGCCGCCACCUCCGACGAAACCAUCUCACAGCCACCACCACGAACAACCAGCGGUUAACCCUGCAACAAUUCAGUUCCCCUCCGAGAAAACCGCCACCAAUAUUGGAGGUGUUGGUCUUGGCAACACUGUCAACAUCAACUACUGUUCUUCUUGCUCCUACAAGGGAACAGCGGUAACAAUGAAGAAUAUGUUGGAGAUUGCUUUUCCUGGAACUGAGGUUGUUCUUGCAAAUUAUCCCGCGCCACUUCCAAAGCGUCUGUUAAGCAAAGUGGUUCCUGUUGUUCAGCUUGGUGUUAUAGGGACUGUAGUAGCUGGGGAACAGAUUUUUCCAAUGAUGGGUUUUGUUGCACCUCCUCCUUGGUAUUUCAACUUGCGUGCUAACAAGUUUGGAACCAUUGCCACUACUUGGCUUCUUGGGAAUACACUGCAGUCGUUCUUACAAAGCUCUGGGGCAUUUGAAGUUUACUUGAAUGGUGAACUGGUGUUCUCUAAACUGAAGGAGGCAAGGUUUCCUGGAGAGAUAGAGUUGAAGGAUCUGAUCAGCAAAAAGAUGGAGACAUCUAGACUUGUCCAUAGCGCGUCAGAAUUGAAUCUUUAGCUCAUUUGCCUUUCAUGGGGACAUCCAGUUUGAACGAUCAUAAAUGAUGAAUGGAUCUGCCAUCGCAUUUUGAAGUAGAGGACGGUAUACAGAUAUCAUAAGAAUCUAAUGUCGCAAGGUUUCCAUGUGCCAAUAUUGGAAAGUGAACUUUCUGUGUUGAAAGAGCCUAGUAGCUGCUGAAGGCAAACUCAAUUUAAGCUUAUCAUACACAUAGCUUUUACACUAUCAUUCGACUGUUUUUUUUACAUUCUUAUAUCUGGUUAUCUGCUCAAUUAACUACUACGAAAAAAAUUGAAUGAGAGGAAAGCCAGUUUAGGCCA